AUGCCAGUAAGGCCUGGAAUCAUGAAAGUAAAAUUGCCGAAAAACUGUGUUGACGCUUUGGUUGACUUGUGGCACGGUGUAGCACCAGGCAGCUAUCACUCCAUGAGGCCUUUUGAGCACCAACUUCACCUGGUGGUAGAAGGUGAGAAGAUCAAACUAGUGGAUGGCUUGGCCGAUUGUCACAACGUCGAUUGUGGCUUGUUGUGCUAUGUCCCGGUGGAGCUCUUCUGUGGACAUGGUGGGAGGGGUGCAGAGGUAAUGAAUGUUUGGGAGCUUGGCUGCAAAUUCCAGCUGCUUUUGGCUUGUGUCUGUGGCGAUCACACUCUUAUAGAUUCUGGCCAACUGAAAUUAACUUUUGUUGGUAGUAUCAAUUUUUUCCCCGGUCUCGAGAAAUUUGUCUUUCAGUUACGAUAA